AUGUCUCUAUGCCAGAACCGUCUUCAAGAAGAGCGAAAGCAGUGGCGUCGCGAUCACCCAUUCGGGUUUGUCGCAAAGCCCGCACGCACUAGCCAAGGUGGUCUUGACCUGAAGAAUUGGGAAUGUGCGAUUCCUGGCAAGCCUAGCACCCUCUGGGAAGGUGGUCUUUUUAAAAUGAGCGUGAUUUUCCCUGAUGAAUACCCUACCAAGCCGCCCAAGUGCAAAUUCACACCUCCCUUGUUCCACCCCAACGUCUACCCCUCUGGAACAGUUUGCUUGUCGAUUCUUAAUGAGGAGGAGGAUUGGCGUCCCGCAAUCACCAUCAAGCAGAUCCUGCUCGGUAUUCAGGCUCUGCUUGACGAUCCGAACCCCGAGUCUCCUGCUCAGGCUGACGCCUAUAACCUCUUUAAGAAGGACCGCCCUGCGUAUGAGCGCAAAGUCCGCCAGGUCGUUCGAGACAAUCCGAACAACUAA